ACCCAUACAAUGUCACACCAGCAUGAUCUGAUCAUAAAAUAUGAGACGUCUUCUACCACACGUUGUCAACUGGCGAUUGUAUCGCUGUUCUCUGAGUAAUCGCUGGGUAUCGGAUGAUCGAUCGCAUUUAAAGAUCCUUUACCAGCAACGUUCCUUCCGUCCCACAUCACCAUCUCUUGUCACCAUGUCUAAGCUCCUCAUCCUUCCAGUACCUUGUUCGCCGAGCUUGAUAUCGCUUGGACAGCUGCUCACUGAUCCUCUUGAUCCGACCUCAACUUCCUUCCAUGCCCCAACAGAGCGAGCAGGCGAGGACUGUACAGUACAGACACUAUACCAUGACACCAUAUCUCAAGAUGAGAAAGGACGGCUCAUCCCCAGCGGACGGUACUCGUGGGCGAACGACGUCGAGGUGAACGCGGAACAGUCGUCGCGUCACUCACUUACCGACCCAAACACCGCCUUCGGAGACCUACGCCACGACACCACAAACCACUACUUCUUCCACCAGGCAGCCAUCCUCAACAAGCCACUCUACUUCGUCACCAGUCUUCAGACGCUCACGAAGCCAACGUUCAAACCUGCUGCCGCGAAGCAGGAGUCGACAGCCGAGACUACAAGUCUACCCAUACACGUGAGGCGCGACUCAGCAGCCCACGACCUUCAGGACCCUUCCAAGCAAGAAAUCGUCAUCGCGAUUGGAUUGACGAAAGUAGAGUGUCGUGUGGGUGCGGCGAAUGAACCUCACAGUCUCGAUGAUCUCCACUAUAGCUGGAGCUACCACACGGUCGACGGAUCAGACGUACAGCUUUCGAUUGGGUUGGGGAAGGCGGUAGGGGCGGCUGAGUGGAGGGAUAUUGUUGGUGGCUACUACACCUAUCUUUCGAACCACAGCGAGGGAGCUGCUGGGUGUUAGUUGCGGUCGUGCCACCUGGAGACUACUUGGAUUAUCACCGCAGCCUUUCUCCUUCUGUAUUGUUACAUCCUGCUGAGGAUAUGGUUGAUAGACGAUUUGCGUGUAACGUCGUUAUAGAUAUAGAGGUCAACUUGGGACGAGGGUCAUGACUAGAAAUGGAGUUAUUUUGUUGUUCUACAUAUCAAAUCGGACCGUUGGAGCUACCCCGCAUUUCUUUCGAGGCUGACAUCAAGGACAAUGCUCUUCCACUCACCACUUGACAGCAGGGCGUUCUUGUAGUAAACUGUCAACAGGUCUAUCAUAUUUCUCAACAUAAUCGUUCUGAUU